AUGGCCACCAAAACAUUCAACGUCGGCGUCAUUGGAUAUGGCAUGUCCGCCAAGAUCUUUCACAUCCCCUUCAUCACCACGACACCGCAGUUCAAGCUGUAUGCUAUCGUCCAGCGCAGCCCCAAGGACGGCAACUCGGCGCCGGCCGACCACCCCGAUGCGAAGCACUACACCGACGCCAACGACCUGCUCGCCGACCCGGCCGUCGACGUCGUCGUCGUCACCACGCCGCCCGACAACCACUUCGCGCUGACCAAGGCCGCGCUCGACGCCGGCAAGCACGUGCUGACCGAGAAGCCGUUCGUGCCGACGUCCGCCGAAGCCGACGCGCUAAUCGCCGCGGCGCGCGCCCGCGGCCGCCUGAUCUGCGUGUACCAGAACCGCCGCUGGGACUCGGACUUCCUCGCGGUGCGCCACCUGCUGGACGCGGGCACGCUCGGGCGCGUGCUCGAGUUCAACACGCACUUUGACCGUUACAAGGCCGCGGCCGCGACCAACUGGAAGGGUGAACUCGGCAUCCCCCAGGGCGGCAGCGCGCUCUUCGACCUCGGCACGCACCUCGUCGACCAGGCGUACGUGCUCUUCGGCCUGCCGCGCGCUGUGCACGGUCGCGUGCUCUCGCAGCGCGCCGGCGCGCCCGACUUCUUCAACCCGGACGCCGUCGCCGCGGAGCUCACCUACCCGGACGGCAAGCUCGUGCACGUGCGCAUCAGCGCGCUCAGCGCCGAGGUCGAGCAGCUGCGCUUCUGGGUGCGCGGCGACAAGGGCAGCUUUCGCAAGCUCGGCCUGGACCCGCAAGAGGACCAGCUCAAGGCCGGCGAGAAGCCGUCGGCGGCGGGCUUCGGCAAGGACAAGGCGGAGAGCAUGCGCCUGACGGUGGUGGACGCGCAGGGCAAGUCGUCGGUGGUGCCGGCGCCGGACCUGAAGCCGGAGACGUACACGGCGUUUUACCACGCGUGGGGCAGGGCGGUCGAGUCCGGCAAGGAGGAGGACGUGCCGGUUAAGCCGACCGAGGCGCGCGACGUGCUGCGCAUCCUCGAGGCCAUCCUCGAGAGCGCCAAGUCGGGCAGGGACGUUAGUUUUGAGUGA